GCAGAGCUUUCCACGGGGCAGCUGGAUUUCUUUGGAGAGGGGGGAAUCUGUUGCACUUCAGGACUGGACCCUGUGCGCCCUGUUUGCGCUCUCGUGCGCGUUGCUCGCGCCGCGCUCCCCCGGCAUGCAGGUGAUCCGCUGCGCCCUGCUCGCGCUGCUCAUCCCGCGCGCCCGCGCCGCCGCGCCCGACGCGGACUCCUGCCCGACAGCGGUCUGCGACUGCUCCGAGUGGAGGACGCACAUCAUCUCCUGUUAUGAAAUUGAUCUUCUCCCCAGGUUCCCAGCGAGCACGGACAAACUAUGGCUUUUCGAGACUCGCCUGCCGUCUCUGCCAGGAGACGCCUUCGCCAACAUGGUCAACGUCUCCAGAAUACAUUUAUCCGGGGAUGUGAAGCUGCAGAGGCUGGAGCGGCACUCCUUCCACAGCCUGAGGACAAUCACCCACAUAGAGAUUCGGAACGCCAGAAACCUGGCGUACGUCGACCCCGAAGCCUUCAAACAUCUUCCAAGCCUCAAGUACCUUGGGAUUUUCAACACUGGUCUGACUUCCUUCCCUGAUCUGACCAGCAUCCACUCCACCGACAUGAACUUCAUAUUGGAGAUCAUCGAUCACCCCUUCAUCACCGAGAUCCCCGCCAACUCCUUCAACGGCAUCGCCGGUGACAUGCUGACACUCAUGCUGUUCGCAAACGGCUUCAGAGAAAUACAACAUCACGCCUUCAACGGGACCAAGCUGGACCAAGUCGACCUGCACAGGAACGAGUAUCUGACCCGGAUAGACGACAUGGCCUUCGCAGGAACCGCCGCCGGCCCCAUGCUCCUAGACGUGUCCAACACCAUGAUCACCUCGCUGCCGACCACAGGCCUGGAUCACCUCCGGGAGCUGAAGGCUCAAAGUGCCUUUUCCCUCAAGAAGCUGCCGCCCAUCGGGACGUUCGACCACCUCGCCGUCGCCAACCUGACCUACCCGAGCCACUGCUGCGCCUUCAAGAACCUCAAGAAGAAACGACAAUAUUUGGAGUCCUUCAUCUGUAACUUCACUGCUGCCCAGGCCCAGCAUCAGAAGCGCUCUGUGGGGCGCCUCCGCAUGCCUUCCCUCCAAGGGGACGGUGUUAUGGAAACGCCUCCAGACCAGGAGCCGAACGAGGGAGACCACAGAGAGUCCCAGCAGGACUGGAGGAGAGGGGUCUUCCACGGCAGCCUUCACUUCCACGCCUACUUCUGGGGCCAGCCGUAUGAGGACGUGGGUUUCGGCGAGACCCUCAAGAACCCCCAGGAGGACAACAACCAACAGUUUGUGAAUCCUUACGAUUACGUGGUGUGUGAGGAGCUAGAGGUGUCCUGUGCGCCCGUACCCGACGCCUUCAAUCCGUGCGAGGACAUCAUGGGCUUCAGCUUCCUGCGGGCGACCGUGUGGUUCGUCAGCUUGCUGGCCGUGGUGGGGAACGUGGUGGUGCUCCUGGUGCUGCUCACCAGCCACUACAAGCUCUCGGUCUCCCGGUUCCUCAUGUGCCACCUGGCCUUCGCCGAUCUGUGCAUGGGGAUUUACCUGCUGCUCAUCGCCUCGGUAGACCUCCACACCAGAGCCGAGUACUUCAACCACGCCAUCGACUGGCAGACGGGCCCCGGCUGCGGACUGGCCGGGUUUUUCACGGUGUUUGCCAGCGAGCUGUCGGUCUACACCUUGACGGUGAUCACCCUGGAGAGGUGGUACGCCAUCACCUUCGCCAUGAGGUUGGAUCGCAAGUUGCGCCUGCACCACGCGGCGGCCGUGAUGCUGGCCGGCUGGAUCUUCUGCCUCUUCCUCGCCUUGCUGCCGCUCAUUGGCGUGAGCAGCUACCAGAAGGUCAGCAUCUGUCUCCCGAUGGACACCGAGUCCACGGUGGCCAAGGUCUACAUCAUGUCGGUGCUGAUUCUCAACACGCUGGCCUUUUUCGUCAUCUGCGCUUGUUACUUCAAGAUCUACUGCGCCGUGCACAACCCCCACUACCGCUCUGGUUCCAAAGACACCAACAUCGCCAAGCGCAUGGCGGUCCUCAUCUUCACUGACUUCCUGUGCAUGGCGCCGAUUUCUUUCUACGCGAUGUCGGCCAUGCUGAACCGCCCCCUCAUCACGGUGUCCAACUCCAAGAUUUUACUGGUGCUCUUCUACCCGCUGAACUCAUGCGCAAACCCAUUUCUGUACGCCAUCUUCACCAAGGCCUUCAGGGGAGACGUCUUCAUCCUCCUCAGCAAGGUGGGCCUGUGUCAACAGCAGGCUCAGCUGUUCAGGGGCCAGACCGUCUCGUCCAAGGGCAGCAGCGGGACGUCUCAAGUCCGGAAAGACAAGAGCAGGAAAGGCGGGAGCAUCGGCCAAGAAGAGGUGCCCAUCAACGCGAAGAACUGGCCCGGGCUGGACGGAGCCACCACUCAGCACUGAGCGCUGGGCGGAUCUCUGAAGGGAGAGUUAGCACAGACAUGAGAGCCGGACACCGGCUCAAGGUAACAAAGCAGGGGAAGUUCAAGUGGAGAGGAGAGUCCUUGAAGUGUUGGUGGAUGGAUCUGUUUGGAUACUUAAGAGAAAGUAUCUGCUUCAGCCUUUCGGGCCAAGUUCAGCUGUUUUCACCAUUUCGCCUGUGAUGAUUUUAUGGUUCCAAUUGUUGGAGAGGAUCAGGUGUCACUGAAAUAUGAGCCUGACUUCGUCUCACUUAUAGUUCUUUGUAUUCUAAUGGACUGGCUCGAGGUGAUGUUAUUUUAAGGAAAAGUAAUAAGGGUCUCAAAUUUAAACUUCUCAUAUAUAGCAAUGAAUCAAAUGUGUAUUUAGCAUUUCAAUGGUAUGUUAACUGUAAUUCAGACUGUUGGUACAGAGAGCAAAACGUCGUGAUCGUUCUGUGGCACGUUAUGUGUCUGUAAUGUGUUCAAGGACAGCCUGCUGGCUGGGUGCCAUUUAACUGUGGGAAACUUUAUUCAGUCUAUGAACACAGCAUACUUUCCCUCAUUUUUAUCUGUAUAUAAUGUAAAUAUAUAAGUAUUAAGGGAUUUACAGAGAAAACAGGAAACACUGAAUGUUUUUAACUAUGUACAAUCAGUUCUGGGAUCUUGGAAAUACAAUGCAAAUGUACUUC